CAAGCAUCAUCAUCAUCAUCAUCAACAGCCUCAGAACAACAAACACAAGCAAACAAUCCACUCCACUAGUCUACUUUCAGAGCAACCAAACCAUCUACCAACAUGCCUAUGCUCCUCGCCCAGCAACCCAGCGACGCUCUCCACAGUCGUCACCUCUUCGCACCACACCUCUCGUCAGCCUCCACCUUCUCCGCCCCCGCAGCAGCAGCGCCAACGCAAUCCGGCGCCUCCUCGGCGGCGAAACCCUCGGUCCCCGCCAUCACGGUCCCCAAGCGCAAGGACUCCAACGUCUCGAUCACGGGCGUCGUCUGCGACUGCGAGGACUCGCCCUACGACGAAGUCGGCUGCAUCUCGUGCCUCGAGAAGGCCCUCGCUGCCAUGGAAAACCCCUCUGUCGAGCUCCAGGAGGAGAACCAGGUCAUCAACCAGGCCGAGGAGAUCCAGGCCCUGCAGGACUAUGCCAACGGCGUCUUCUGCACGUGCAAGAACUCCGAGUACGACGAGGUUGGCUGCGAUACUUGCAUUGAGCGCGCGUUCAAGGCUAUGGCGCAUUAAGCG